UAAGUUAGACACUUUAUUUUUUCUUUAUAAAAUAGCAUAUCUUAUCAUUUAUACUCGAAGAGUAUAUUCGAUAUAUAGCUAGUAUGAAAGUGUACUGAAUCAAACUAAAGAGUAAUCUUCAAGUUUGCUUUGAUUCUUGUUUGUUAUUGCUCAAAAAGGUCAACCUAUGUAUAGUCUUGCCUUAGGACUAAGUCUUAACUCAUCGCCAUCCAUGGUCAAACCCAACACCAUGGGUUCCACAAAGCUGCCGUGGGUGACCGAGACCAUGGCGAGUUUUGAGCCAUCGUUAACGUUAGGUCUUUCAGGAGACCCCAAUAAGAAACUUGUGGUCGGAGGAGGUGGUGAUGAUCAUGGUGGUUUGUGUCGUCAGGAUAGUACGGUAAUCAGUGGUGGAGGUUCUUCUUUUUCGAACGUGAGUGUGAAGAGGGAGAGAGAGCUUGGGAGUGAAGAAUCAGAGAGAGUUUCAAAUGAUAAUAAUUAUUCACGACUGAUGAGCACAACAAGUGUUGAUGAUGUUGAAGAUGAUGAUGGUAGUAUUAAUGGUAGGAAGAAACUCAGACUCACGAAACCCCAGUCCGCUCUUCUUGAAGAAGCCUUCAAACUUCACAGCUCUUUAAACCCUAAACAAAAGCAAGAACUAGCAAGAGAGCUAAAGCUGAGGCCCAGGCAAGUUGAAGUUUGGUUCCAAAACAGAAGAGCCAGGACGAAGCUGAAGCAAACCGAAAUGGACUUUGAACACUUGAAGAAAUGCUGUGAGACGUUAAGGGAUGAUAACCGAAGACUCCAUAAAGAGCUUCAAGAACUUAAAGCACUCAAGUCAUCGCAACCCUUUUACAUGCAGCUGCCGGCCGCCACCCUAACCAUGUGUCCGUCAUGUGAAAGGAUCGGAGACACCAAAUCCUCCGCAGUCAAGAACCCUUUUAAUAUGGCUGCUAAACCACACUACUUUAACUCCUUCACUAAUCCGUCGGCAGCCUGUUGAUUAUAUUUCUUGUGUGGUUAUCUAGUCAUACACAAAUAUAUAUAGUUUGAAUAUAUAUAUAUAAAGAAUAUUACUUAAAUCUUCCAUGCAUAACCCUACCUUUUUUAGAGUCAAGGGUUUGGCUUGAAUUGAUUAGUGUAUGUUAUUUCGGUAGAAAAUUAUUAGAAUUUUUACUUUUUUUUUUCUUUUUUUUUUUCCUUGUGAGGUUUUCUGUGAGUAAAAAAUAGCUAAGCAUUUGUCGAUGAAACGAAUAACAUGUCCACUAUUAUGUAUUUAUUUAUAUAUCCAACACAUCUUACAUCAUACAUCAGUUAUUAUGAAUUAUUAUUAUGAACUCGGUCUAGAAUAUUUUAGAUUAUCGGUU